CUGAUUUAUUAAUUCCAUUUCGAUUCUCAGAUUUCAUUUGAGAGAGAGAAAUUAACCACCAUGGCUGAUCCAGCAACUCUGAUCAGUGGUUUGCUUUCAAAUUUGGCACCUCUGAUUAAGGAUGAAUUCUCGUUGUUUUGGAAUUUUAAGAAGGAUCUUGAAAACCUAUCCAAAACGCUAUCUGCAAUUGAUGCCGCACUUGAGGAUGCUGAGAUAAAGAACGUGUGGAAGAAGGACAGACAAACCGAAGGUUGGUUGCGGGAACUCAAAGAUGUGGCAUACGAGGUUCGAGACAUCAUGGAUGAGUGCACCUUUGAAGAUCUUCGUCUUCAAGUCAAAAGGCGUAAUGCCUCCUCUUCAACCCGGAAAAAGGUAACCAACUUUAUCACCCUUCCUCUUAGCAACACUUGGUCACGUCAUGAAAUAGGUUCCAAAAUUAAGGAUGUCCAAGAGAAACUGGAACAGAUUUAUUCACGGCGCAACAAUUUACAAUUGCGUGAACCUAUUCAUGACUCGAAAAUAAAAGAAGACAAGUUUGCUAGUAGUUGGCGUGAAACCAUGUCUCUUUCUAGUUCUAGGAAAGUAUACGGGAGAGAUAAGGAGAAGAAAGAGAUUAUUGAUAUUCUACUCAAUAAUAAUACAUCUGGUGCUGCUAAAGAACUAUCUGUUCUGCCCAUUGUUGGGAUGGGGGGUCUUGGUAAAACAACACUUGCCCAAAUGGUCUACAAUGACCAUGAAGUUUCUAAACAUUUUGAUCUCAAAUUCUGGGUUUGUGUUUCUGAUGAAUUUGAUAUUAAGGUGGUCAUCAAAUCCAUUUUAGAAAAAAAGGGAGCAAAUAAUGAAACUUCCUUAGAAGACUUGCAGAAAAAAGUUAGAGGUGAAUUGGGAGGAAAAAGAUAUUUGAUUGUAUUGGAUGAUAUCUGGAACGAAAAUGAAGAGGCAUGGGCUAAGCUGAGAUCUAUAUUAGAUUGUGGAUCAAAUGGUGCGUUCAUCCUUACUACGACACGUAAACCAAAUGUGGCAGAAAUCAUGAAAACGAUUAAAUCUUUUGAGUUACAGUCACUCUCUGAGGAUGAUUGUUGGCUACUAAUCAAAGAACGUGCAUUUGAGGAUGGAAAACCAAAAUGCAAGUAUGGCUCAAACUUAAUUAAUAUUAGUAAAGAAAUAGCUAGAAAAUGCAAGGGUGUUCCUUUAGUUGCCAUGACACUGGGAAGUCAAUUGAGGUCUUGUGAUGGCGAAAAUGAAUGGCGUAGAAUAAGAGAUAGUGAGUUAUGGGAGAUAUCCGAAAAUGAAAAAGAUCUCUUGCCUAUUCUAAGGUUGAGUUACUAUGACCUCCCUUAUUAUUUGAGAAGAUGCUUUGUGUUUUGUGCUAUAUUUCCCAAGGAUACUGUAAUAGAAAAGGAGAAAUUAAUCCAAUUGUGGAUGGCUCAUGGUUUAAUUUCUCCAGUUACAAAACAAGAAGUUGAAGAUGUUGGGAAUAGAAUUUGGAAGGAGUUGUGUUGGAGAUCCUUUUUUCAAGAUGAAAAAGAGAACAAAAAUAUGUUUGGUAUUGUUUAUACAACAUGUAUGAUGCACGAUCUUAUGCACGAUCUUUCGCAAUCUGUUAUGAAAGAUGAAUGCUAUACAAUCGAUGCUAAGAGGUCAAGUGAUGUUUUAGAACGUGAAGUUCGUCAUGUAACAAUAUUGGUUGAUGAGUUAGAACAAACAUCUGUUAGUUCUCUUAAGAAAAUUGGAGGGUUACAGUCAAUAAUGUUCGAUGGUGAACCAGAUUAUGAUGGAAAUGUCACAAAAGAGAUUUUGAGUGUUUUGAAGAAAUUUCUGCCUUUACGUGUCCUUGAAGUAAGACACCAUGUGAAAUAUCAAGAUUUGAGUCAUGUGAGACGUCUAAAACAUCUUAGAUACUUGGACAUUUCUCAUGGUGAGAUAACAACCUUGCCUAAUAGUAUUUGCGAACUCUUCAACUUACAGACUCUGAUACUCAAUUAUUGUUCAAAGCUUGAAAGUUUGCCUAGAAAUAUAUGGAACCUUAUUAGCCUGAGGCAUCUUUAUUUGAAGAAUUAUUUUGAUUUAAAAUAUAUGCCUAGAGGAAUGGGGCAAUUGAAACAUCUCAAGACGUUAAGCUUGUUAGUGAUAGGCAAGAAGGAGAGAGAUUGUCAACUAGAUGAAAUAAGAGAAUUGAAUAUCGGCGGAUCAUUGAAAAUUAAUAAUCUUGGAAGAGUUAGUGAUGCAUCUAUUGCAAGAGGUAUAAGUAUGGCUAAAAAGUCGUGUAUAACUAUCUUGGAGUUGAAUUGGGGACGUUAUACAUAUGAUGAUGAUGCUAAUAGACAUGAGAAAAUAGGUGAAGCUCUAGAGAUUUUAACUGAGAGGCUGAGGAUAUUGACAAUAACUUAUUACAAAGGUGUGAAUCCCCCUAAAUGGGUGGGAAAGUCAUCUCCUUCUAUUGGUAGUAGCAGCAACAGCAAUGAUAGUGAAAUGAUGAUAGUACUAUUCCCUUUAUUAGAGGAACUUACUAUUUAUAUGAUGAAGAAUUUGAGGGAAUUGGUGUCUCCUACUACUAUUCCAGCAUUUCCUAAUCUAUGCAAGCUGAAGAUAUCUUAUUGCCCAAAGUUAGGGGCCUUGCCAGUACCGUAUCUAAAAGCACUCAAAGAUGUAAGUGUUCAAGGUAAAUGUUCUGAUGAGUUGUUAUAUAGCAUCUCAAAUCUUAGUACUCUCACUCAUCUCCAACUUUGUUCCAUGGAAGAAAGAAGUGUUUUAUUUGGAACUGGUUAUAUGGCAUUAAUGUUUGAUGAUGAUGGGAUACAAUUAGGAGGAGGAGUACGCUCAACUUUCCAAUCACUUCAAUCUUUGAUAGUACUAUUUCCUUUGUUAGAGGAACUUACUAUUAGUUGGAUGAAGAAUUUGAGGGAAUUGGUGUCUCCUACUGCUAUUCCUAGUCCCGGAGUAUUCCCUAAUCUAUGCAAGAUGAAGAUAAAAAAUUGCCCAAAGUUAAGGGCCUUGCCACCGCAUCUGAAAGCAUUCAAAGAUGUAAGUGUUGAAGGUGAAUGUUCGGAUGAAUUGUUAUAUAGCAUCUCAAAUCUUAGUGCUCUCACUCAUCUCGAACUUUGUUCUAUGGAAGAAAGAAGUGUUUUAUUUGGAGCAGGUUAUAUGGCAUUAAUGUUUGAUGAUGAUGAGAUACCGUCAUCAUCGUCGUCGUCAAGUAAAAUCCUUGGGGACAAUAAUAAUAAUAAUGGAGGAGGAGUACGCUCAACUUUCCAAUCUCUUCAAUCUCUGUUUAUCCAGAAGUGCCUCAAUUUAAGGGGUUUGUUUGAUGAGGGAAUGAUAAUAAAGAUUAGUGGCUGCGAGAAGCAACAAAAGCAUCAUCAUCUUCAAGCUGGACAAACAGAAAGAACAAGAGGUCUCAUGAACUCUCUCACGAAUUUGUAUAUUUAUGGUAGUCCUGAGUUGAUGAUAUCAGUUGAGGAAUUUGGAAACCUCACUUCACUACAGAGUUUGAGGAUCAGAGGUUGUCCUAAGUUGGUGUCUUCAGAAGAUGUUAUUGCACUCCUACGUUCCCUUCGAGCAAGACUUGGUCCUAAGAACUUCUAUGUAGAUAUUGAAUUGGAAAAGGAAGAGGGAGAGCAUAGCAGAUAUUGA